AUGCCCAAAAUAUUCCGGAAGCAAGUCGUUGGUGAAUUAAGAGUUCUGCACAGGACUGAGCUGAGAAUAACACAUGAGUACGCUGAAACAGAAUUUCCUUCAUCUCGCUUAAUCAGUCCACGAUAUUUCAGUAGAUAUACUGAAAAAGAUAAAAAGCCAUGGAGAGUUAAUAAUACCAAUGUCACUCGCCACUGCUUGCCUUCCUCGCAAGAACUUCCAGCCACGAUCACAAUAGAAGAGAAAACGGUAUCAGCCGCAUGUCCUGGAAAACUUUCAGUUAAAUAA